GGUAUCCGGGAACAGCUCGAUGCGGAACUCCUGCGCUAUUCCGAAAGGUAGGGGGAAGCCACCUGAAGUGUCUCCAGAGACCUUAUACCGGAGAUGUGAGGAACCAGCUGAAAGAUAAUUUUUGUGGCCGAAUGGUACAUUGUGACUGUGUGGAGCAGCUUGCACAACUCUGAACAGGACUGCGCACUUGACACUCUCUUCCUCCUGCCCCACCAUUACUUGUGGGGUGUGGUUAAGACUCUGGCUUAUUCAGUGCUGGUAAAGCAGCACACAUUAACUGUGCACUUCUAAUUAGGGACAAAGCAUUGCACAUACCAAGAAUUAUAAUGUCAGCCAACCACUUAACGUGCAUAGUUAGGCUUAUAGGUUUUGGGGCCAUCCUGUCGAGUCAGGAGGACUUGAUUAUCUCUUUCUUUUUUUAAGAAGCAGGGAAAAGGGAGUGUUGGAAGGUGGAGGAUGGACAAUAAAGUAUCCUCCAAACAGAGAAGGCACUUUGAGAUUGGAAAACAAAGCAGCCUUUUAGGUGUCCCCAUUGCAUAUGACAACAUCAAAGUGGUGGGUGAGCUGGGAGAUAUUUAUGAUGAUCAAGGACACAUUCAUCUUAACAUUGAAGCCGAUUUUGUUAUUUUCUGCCCCGAACCAGGGCAAAAGCUUAUGGGUACAGUUAAUAAAGUGUCUUCUAGCCACAUUGGCUGUUUAGUGCAUGGGUGUUUCAAUGCGUCCAUCCCUAAACCUGAGCAGAUGCCGGCUGAGCAGUGGCAGAUCCUGGAGGUAAACGUGGGUGAUGAACUAGAAUUUGAGGUAUUUCGUCUGGACUCAGAUGCUGCUGGAGUAUUCUGCAUUCGGGGAAAAUUAAAUACCACUAGUUUACAAACCAAGUGCUCUACAGUUUCUGAAGAAGUAACAGAAACUGGCACUGACGAAAUUGUAGAAAAACCUCUGAAGAAGAAAAAGAAAAAGAAGAAAGACCUAGACUCACACGAAGUGGAGAGUGAUAACAGAGAGCUAGCAGAUUUUGCAGAUGUCACUGUGAAGGAAGAGACAGACCUGCAGAUUAAUAAUGAGAAUGGCCUCCGGAAGGAAGAGCCAAAGAAGAAGAAGAAGAAAAGGCACCAGGAAGAUCAGGACCAGGAUCCUGUUUUCCAAGGUAGUGACUCCAGUGGUUACCAGAGUGACCAUAAAAAGAAAAAAAAAAAAAGAAAACACCAUGAGGAAGCUGAAUUUACCCCACUUUUGGAACCCCCAUCUAAAAAGAAAAGGGAAAAGUGAUUUCUUUAGUGCAUUUUAAAUACUUAGUUUUUUUAAAGAUUGAUUUACAUACAAUAGGCCAAUAAAUGUGGGAAUGAUAUGAAAAUGCUUGUGUAUUCCAGUAGUCUGCAAAACAGGAAACAUUUCAUUAGUAAGAGUUUUUGGUGCUAAAAUUAUUAAAGUGAUCAUUGGGAGACACCAGUAUUAUUAAACUGCCAUUAUAUGGUAUCCAGAAUGAGGAUAAGAGCUGCUCUCUCAAGUCUGCAUUUUUCCAGUUUUUACAUGCUA